GAGAGAGAGAGAGAGAGACACACACGCACACACUUUGGGGUGUGCUGCAUUAGUUCCUUGAGGAAGUCUAAUACAGACUAUCUUCACAAAAACAACUCUCUUAUUUUAUUUUCUGCUUGGCUGGCAAAGUGCAGACUACUGUGCAUGCUGAGAAUCUAACUGAAGCAACAACAAGAAGAAAAACAACACACAGGCAGGCAGGAAACACAAAACAAAGCUGCUCAUGGAAGCUUUCAGCUCGAAAGACGUGGCCAUGCAGGUUCAGAAGAAGAUUCUGAGCCGCAUGGCCAGCAAGUCAAUGGCCCACAUGUUCGUGGACGACACGAGCAGCGAGAUCCUGGACGAGCUGUACCGGGUGUCGAAGGAGUACACGGGGAACCGCGGAGAGGCUCACAAGAUCAUGAAGGACCUGGUGAAGGUGGCGGUGAAGAUCGGAGUGCUCUACAGACACAACAAGUUCAGCGCUGACGAGCUGCGGCUGGCAGAGGAGUUCAAGAAGAAGCUGCAUCACGGAGCAAUGACCGCCAUCAGCUUCUACGAGGUUGAAUUUACCUUCGACAAGGCCGUGAUGUCAGAGCUGCUCACUGAUUGUCGGGACUUGCUUUUGAAACUGGUGGACAAACAUCUGACCCCCAAAUCCCACGGAAGAAUCAACCACGUUUUCAACCACUUCUCCGACAAAGAGCUCCUGACCCAGCUCUACAACCCCAAGGGCCCGUUCAAGGGCCACCUACAAAAGAUCUGCACGGCUAUGAACAAACUGGUGGAGGAGGGCAAGCUAUAGGGCGCCGCCCUUGUGGAGACAGGGAGGAACUGCUACUGAAAAAAAAAGACUUUUUUUUGUAAUUUAGCAGACGCUUUUAUCCAAAGAGACUUACAGAGACUAGGGGGGGUGAACUAUGCAUCAUCAACAACUGCUGCUGCUGCUGCAGAGUCACUUCCAAUAGGAGCUCGUUUGUUUGACGUCUCAUCCGAAGGACGGAGCACAAGCAGGUUCAGUGACUUGCUCAGGGUCACACACACACACACACACGCACACACACACACACACACACACACAGAGGGAGUCGGUGGCUGAGCCGGGAUUUGAACCUCCUGGUAUCAAGCCCCCUUUCUCUAAUCACUGGACCAGCGAGCCUCUAUAUGUUUUAUGGACUUGACAAGAAUGGACAAUUGUUUUACAUGCAGUAUAAAUACAGAAUUGGGAAUUCUAGGCUAUUUUUAAUACCAAUAUUUUAUCUGAGAUCUAAUGCAAAACUAUCCACCCCAGCCAUUGUAAUACUUUUGUGAUAUCUGAUAUCAUAUUUAGUUAUCAGAAUGAUUCUCUGUAACUGGCAAAGCUGGUUGGAAUUAAUAGCCAUGACCAGGAGACUGAACCCAUUUCAAAACAGUGUACCAUUCUGUAUUGUUUUUUUUUUUAAAGAAAUCUGAUUUGGUUUAUGCUUUUAAAUGUGUUUUUUUUAAUUUUGUCUAUUUUUUUUAAUUUUUAUUAUUAUUAAAGUUUAAUAACACCGUUGGAAACUUUAAUUCUCCAUGCAGUUCGGUAAAUGUUUUAAUUCUGUAAAGACCUUUUUUUUUCAUUUUAUAUAUCAAUGCUGCGAGCUUUUACUGUAAAAUGCGACAACGCCCAAUUCCAGCGAAGAUGUUCUAGCUAAGAAAAGAAAUCACUUUCCACUCCUUGUUGUGAAUUUCCAUUCUCUGCGGGUCUCGUCUGAGCAGUUGAAAUACAGCUGUGGUCAAAAUUUUGCAUCACCUAGAAUCUUAGGAUCGAGACAUCAUUAAAAAAAAAAGUUUAUGAACAUAAUUUAGAUGUUUUAUUUAACCUCAUGUAAUCAAAGAAACUACAAAAGUCUACCAGAAGGAAGCCAUAACAGCAGUACAGUAUUUCAUGCUAGAUUUUGAAACGUCACAUUGUUCGAUUUUGGUUUGGUUAAGUAUCUGGAAAACUAUACAAAGCGGUGGUGUGUAAUUCAAUAUAUUAACGUAACAUUAUUCAGCAGGUUUCAUUUGACUCUAUAAAGCAAAAUGAGUUUAUUCCUAGUGGCCGAUGAAAAACCUUUACAGCCAUAGCUGUGGUCUUGAAAGUAAAUGACAUGUUCUUUGAUUUUGUUUUUACUGUUCUGUUUUUAUGAUGUCGUACUUUUGUAGUGAUUUUGUGGAGUUUUUUUUAAAAGCUUGUAUUGACUUCA